AUGACUCCAGCAUGACUCCAGAACCAGCUCCACCACCCAGUCCAUCUCCAGUUUUUUUGUGUAUCGAUCACAGCUGCUCCUUCCACGUUGAUCAUCUUUAAGAACAUACCUUUCAAGGUUUCCUUUCAAAUAUAAUUAUCAAAAAUGCUCAAGCUGGCAUAUUUUUCUGUGUUCGCUGUGUUUGUUCUGGAGUCUCGUGGAUGCUUGGCAAAUUUAGAAGGAAACCAGUACUGUUCCAAAACGCAGCCACCUAGUAUUGAUCUUCUUCCUGAAAUGAAUUCCAAAUUGCAAGGAAUUGAAGAGGAUCAGAGGAAUCUGAAGAACACGUUGCAAGCCAUCCUGGCUAAAAUAGAAGGAACCGAACCAAGUCCUCAGCAAAGUGAUUCGAAAAGUUAUGAGAAAACCAUCCCUCCGAAUUUUCAUAAAAUUGGUACAAGGUAUUUCUAUAUUGAAAAUAAUCUUACGCUUCCUUGGAACGAGGCUGCGGGCACUUGUCAUCAGAUGGGUGGAUACUUAGCGGGCAUCAAAGACCAAAAGGAAUUAUAUGCCAUCCAAUUGCAGCUGGAAGAAGGUGUUUCAUACUGGCUUGGCAUCAACGAUCUCAUCAGCAUUGGUAAUUUCGUAUCAGUAGCCUCCGGAAAGAAAGCAAAAACAUUGAAACUUGAUAAGCAAUUAGACCAUUGGACCUUGAAAAAUAAUUGUGAAACGGGAAAGUGCCUUAAAGUAAGGGACGUAAUAAUGAGUCGUGUCAGCUGUGAGGGAAAAAACCAUUUCAUAUGUCAAGCCGACAGCGAAAUAUAGGCCCAAAACAGUUAUAAAAUCACUUUUUCAAUUUAUUGUACCCAAACUGUAAUUACAUUUUUAUAAUAAAUCAAUAUAAAUUGGUCACGUAACAAAAUUAUAAUAAAAAA